CAAAGCCAGUCUUUCGGGGCGCAUUCACUUUCUAUGACCUUUUUCCCACCUCCGCACUCCGGCUCCUCUCUCUCCUCUCUUCCUCUCUCUCGACCUGUCACGACAUGAUUCUACCUUGUCCUCGAUUGUCAGACAUGCGAACCAUUCGAUCCCCUCAAAAGCCUUGUUGGAGUACCCGAGUCCUCUCCUCUCACUAACCUGACGUGCGAGUCGCGCCCAUUUCUCGCUCGCCCGCCCGCCUGCCCUCCCACCACAACCACAACAAUCCACUCGCUCUCUCUCUCUGUCUUCUUGUCUCUGCCCACUCUCGUUACCUCACCUCUCCUCGCCUCACUUCGACACGUCAAUCUCUCCAUCAGCCUUCCGGCUCUAUCGUUGCGACAAGUGGCUUUCAGACUGCGUCAGUCACGCAUCCCCGGCGACCGACCCUCUCUCCUCCCUCUUCCGAAUCCCUCCUUGCCGCCCUCUUCUCUUCGCCCUCCAGUUUCGCUGCCUCAAUGGCACCCCCCUCUCCUCGACGUUCUUCACGAGCCCGAGGCAAUACCGUCUCUCAAUCACAGCAAUCUUCGACGACGUCCAGCCUGUCGAGUCGAGGCGAAAGGACCACAAGAUCCCUCAAUAAGACCUCUUCCGCUAAAUCCACACCGAGCGCCUCGCUCUCCUCCGAGCCACCCGAAGACCUGGACGACACCCUUCCCUCACGCCGCAGAACUCGCGCUCAAGAGGACGCCCGCGACAAGCCUCGUGUCGAUCCUUACGACAUGGCUACUGGGAGUGACGACGUUCAAGAGGACGACGAGUCUGUACGAUGUGUCUGUGGCUUCGACGAAUACCCGGGCCCCCCACCUUUCGAGGAGGACUCUAAACAGGGAAAGCACAAUCCGGAGGCCGACUUCUUUGCUAGCAUUGAGUUGUCGGACGAAGUCUCUGGACUUUUCGUCCAGUGCGAUGUCUGCAAAGUCUGGCAGCACGGUGCUUGCGUCGGUAUCUUCACCGAAGAGAGUUCGCCUGACGAAUACUUCUGUGAAAAGUGUCGCAAGGAUUUGCACAAGAUCCAUGCGGCAAGCAAUGGGCAACGAUACUCCAAUUACCUGCCACUUAAUCGCCCGUCGCGCGCAUCGUCUCGGGCUACGUCGCUGGUUAAGGACGGUACCCGUUCACCCAAGGAAUCGAGCAAGAGUGGUCGUGCUUCGUCUGCGACCCAGGCCUCGAAGAGAAGAUCGACCAUGAAUAGUCGUGACGCCGCAUACGAUGAGGAUGAGCAGCUGCGGCGGGCCAUCGAGGCCAGCAAAGAAGAAACGGUUCCAGAGCCAACGGAGCUUGGAUCAAGGCGAGCGAAGCGAGGUCGCAGCGGCAGCGAGGAGAACUUGGUCAGCUUGAAGAGGCAACGUACAAGCUCACCGUCAAUGUCGCCGCCUCCCGAGAAGACCGAAGCCGUCGAAGACGAUACAGACGAGGAAAACAAUGCAAGAAAUGGCCAACCAAAGAAGCCUCGCGGUGCCCGGACUCAACGCGAGAAGUCGGAGCGCGAAGAGCGUGACAGGCAACGAGCCGAGGCAGCGAAUCGACGAAAGGGUCGUGCAGACCGGAGAAGGGCUGAGGGUACGACCCCUGCAAAUCCGGGUAAAGAACCUGAAGCUCACGUGGGCGCAGAGUCAGAUCCGUCGGAAGAAGCACCUCCCGCACCACCUCGUCCUGCCGUCAAGCCCAGCACGGAGCCGCUAUCGGCAGUACCGAUCGAAGCACCUCCAUCAUCUGCGCCGACCCCAGACACCCCGCCAGCAAAUGCACUAGUCGGGAGCUCGCACAAGAAAACGAGCCGCAUCAACCAGAAAAGAGGGAAAGGCAGGAACCAAUAUACCAAGGACCGCGAGGACAACGAAGACACCCCAGCGCGGUCGAUGUCCCGAGACAUUGGAAGAAAUCAGGAUGAUCACACCGGCACCGGCACCACAAAACAAACCCAGGAUCACCACUCCAAACAUGGUGUGAGGAGUAAGGCGAACAAUGCUCACAGCAAAGUGUCGAUGAACGACAUGAAGCGCAGAGUCGCUGCGUUCCUUGACUUUAUAUCGAAGACACAAAUUGAACUUGCAGGUGAGGCACUUCCAGGAUCAAGAAGUAGCCAAAACAGUUCUCAACAACAAAGCCCGCGUGCAACCACUGCGUCCGACGCACCAAAUACCAGCAUGAACGGCGAGACAAAUAUGGAGGCGAAGGAUUCACCUGUUACAAGCGCGGCAGCAGAGGCCGGGACGAAGGAGUUCAAGGCGCUUAACUGCGUGGAGAUGAUGGACGUUCUCACUCGAGAUCUCUUGCGAUGGCAAAAUCAGUAUGCGCCCUGACGAAGGGCUAUUGUCUUGGCUUUUGUAUAAGCGACCCGUCGCUCUCUUUGAGACGGAAGGAGCCAGUUCGCUCCGGAGUAUGAUAUCAAAGGCCUGCCGACGGUGGCUUCCGACGGUAAUCUGGAUUGAAGUAAUGGCGUUCAUCGGUUUCUUUGAGGUGUUAAAAAUGUACCGGAGCAAAAGGUUGUCGAAAAGGCUUUUAUGGGUUGUCGGAAGCCCCCCCUCCCCUGUGUGCAUCGGUUUGCGGUUCCACUGUCAGUUGAUAUGGUCGAGUUCGAGGAGCAAUGUCGGAUACCCGGACGAUUGCGAGUCUCUCAGUGUUGCGGGUAACUGUGUCCAUUAGAGUUGGACCUUGAUUUGUCUGCAUUGCAUGUCCGAUGUAUUGUACAAGUAUUUGUCUUCUUACAGUAUUCUAUUUCUCACAAUGUAUGAUACAGAGUGUGGGGUAUCUCUUCUAUAGUUCUGUCGAGGACAACAACGAGCAACAUGUAUUUCCUUUGUGUCCUAUAUCGCCUUGGCCUUGUUGAGGGCUCUCUCUUUUCUUGCUUCCUUCUCUUUCCUUCGUGCCUGGUUCAUGCUCAGCGGGCCUUGUCCUUCCCUUGCAAGCUCCUUCUCCUUAAAUGCUUCGUCGCUGAUGUCAUCGAGCACAAACUUGCCGAGGUUCCCGGCUCUCCACUGCUUGAUGAUCCAGUCGGCUGCACUGUCCGCAUUCGCCUCUCCGCCGGCCUUCAGUUUCCCUGUCUUGCGCGCGACGCCAAGGAGCAGGUCGUUAACUUCGUUCGUUGGUUCGGAGUAUUUGGCAUAGGCGCUCGGGUCGGUAAGGUUGAGGCGGUACAGAAGAUAGUCGGCGAGGAUCUCCAUCGGGAUGCGGUCGUCCUUGACGGAGCCCACGAGCGCGAGCUUCACCAUGUUCUCGGCCUCAGAAACGUAGGGCAUGAAAACGCCGGGCGUGUCGAGCACGAAGACGCCCUCGCCGAGGCCCAUGCCGCCGUCCCCCUCGGAGUCGAGGAUGCGUACCGGCGACCCCAGCUUGCGCGUGACGCCGGGCUGCGCGCCUACUCUAGCGACGUUUGGCUUCUUGUGCAUGCCGUGCACGCGAAGCUUGUUCAGCAGCGUACUCUUGCCCACGUUGGGCAUGCCGACGACCAGCGCGCGCAUGCCCGUCAGGCUGUCGACGGAGUGCGCCACGCUCCUGAUCUCGGAGAGGAGCUGCUUCGUGCUCGCCGGGUCGUCCUUCCGCCAGAAUAUGACGCGCUGCGGUGUGCCUCCGACGAUGGAAUGGCCCCGGUGGAAGCGGCGCAGCGCGUGCUCGACG